AUGGCAAAGAAGAAGAAUAAGCAGCUUAUCCGACCCUGGUGUUGGUAUUGUGAACGCGAGUUCGAAGAUGAGAAAGUCUUGAUGCAGCACCAGAAGGCCAAGCACUUCAAAUGUGGAAUGUGCCCUAGAAGGCUCAACACCGCUGGCGGUUUGGCGGUCCACAUCCAACAGGUACAUAAGCUGGAGCCAGACAACCUUCCACGUAUCGAAAAUGCCCUUCCUGGACGAGAUGGAUAUGAAGUGGAGAUAUUCGGGAUGCAAGGCAUUCCAGCACCGGAUGUCGCGGACUACAAAAGGCGGAAGGAGAUCGAACUGGGGUUAGCCGCAGGCACGAUCUCGCAACCGCAACCCAAGAGAGCGAAGAUUGAGAACCGACCCAUCGCGGAGGAUGAACUCCGACGCCAACUGGAAGAGCACAAGGCGUUGAUGGGGCACAACCAAGCUGAAAAUUCGACAGCACCAGAAUCGAGCUCCGGCGCUGUGUAUGGUGCUCCUCAGACGUAUGCUGCCCCGCCUGCGCCCGCGGCUCCUCCUGUCGUGCCGCCUCCUGGUAUGCUUCCCCCUGGUAUGCCUCCUCCAGGUGCUUUCCCCGGCGGACCGCCUCCUUUCCCUCCGUUUAUGCCAGGAUUCCCGCCAGGCGGUCCACCUCCUGGUUUCCCACUGCCCCCAGGCGCAGUUCCACCUUUCCCACCAGCUGGUAUGCCUCCUUUCCCUCCCGGGCCACCCGGGGCUCCAGGUCGACCCCCUUUCCCGCCUCCACCAGGAUUUGUGCCAGGAGGUCUUCCUCCACCAGGGUUUGGCCCUCCUCCAGGUGUUCCUGGCGCCUCUCCUCCACGUCCAGCCGCGCCGCACUUCGUUCCUGCGCAGAUGCAUCAAAACCAAGCCUCGCCUCCUCCGCCUUCCUCGACACCCGGUGCGAGUCAGCCGGCUACACCGGCACCGCCACCUCAGCAGCCCGCGAAGCCAGAACCACCUCGUCCGCAGGAGCCAGUACGUCAGCCCAAGUUGACCCUUCCAAACCCCUCUCUUGCGCAGACGAACCCCGAGUUCAAGAAACCUACUGAUUUGAAAGUCAAGGACGCCAAUUUCUCUCCAGAGGAACGUCGUGCCAUACACCCCAAGUACUUCUACUCUGGCGUUGACACGUCGCAGCCGUCUUCAAGUCAUGCAGAAGAACCGCGUGGAAAGAAGCGGGCUAGAGCGGAAGAUUUCUUGUAA